AUGUCGCACACCUCGCACAGCAGGUCUGGCCAGCGAGGGCCGGCCUUGACAGUGCCUCCGGACAACGAGCUGCCCGAGGAACAGCUUGUGGACGAGAUCGUCGAGCAGUCCAUGGACUCGAGUUAUGACGGGUUAUCCGAGAUCGAAACCCCCAUCCUCGAACGCACCUCCACCAAGAUGCAGAACUACUACGACUCUCUGCUCAACAAUACAGACUGGAACGUCAACAACCUCCGCGUGCAGCCCGGCGACCCGCAGUUCAUACUCUGGUUCAUCUGUUCGUCGUACUUCCCGCUCAUUUGCGGGUGUAUUGGCCCGCUCUCGAACCUGCUGUCUGUGGCUGCCGUUAUUUGCAACUGGAAACAGGACCGUAUAACCGGGAAACCAGCGGGGGCAGACGAGGUUUGGUGUUACACGGUGAACUCGAUCUCCAUGGCGUGCGGGCUCGCCGCCAACAUCAGUCUGCUGCUCAACUUCCGGCGCAAACUCGCGUACAACAAGGCCCAGCUGAUCUCGAUCGCGGGCUGGCUCGUGGCCAGCCUCAUGCUGCUCGUGCUGGUGGUUAUAUACCACGUCCGGUUCAUAACCGAGCAGCACUAUAACCAGUUCACCUACUCGUACGGGUUCUGGUUCGCCGUGUACACCGUGGUGCUGCACUUUGCCAACUUUGUGUUGCUCUCCCUGAACCAGCUCGGCGUGCUCCUCCACCAGUACACGCCCGCGUUCAACAUCGACGGGGUGCAGAACACGCUCAUGCUGCAGUCCAUGUUCUUUGUUGUGUGGCUCAUGUGGGGGGCCGGCAUGUUCACUGCUCUGCUCCACGUCUCGUACGGCGAGGCCCUGUACUUUGCCAUAGUCACCAUUCUCACCAUCGGGCUCGGCGACUUUGUCCCCUCCACGAGCGCGGCCCAGGCCCUCACGCUGCUCUGGUGUAUUGUCGGACUGGUCACGUUCGGUCUGAUCAUCUCCACCAUCCGCGAGCUUGUCAUGUUCUCGUCAGAGUCCACUUUCUAUUGGCACAGGGUCCAGUUCUUCCGCAACAUCGAGCUGCAAAACCUGCCCGCCGACCUGUCGCCCGAGGACAGCUUCAACCGCAUGAAGCACGUCAACCGCAGAGCUUUGAGCUACGAGAAGCUGUUCAGCACAAUGACCAUCGUUGUGUCGUGGCUGGUGUUCUGGCUGCUGGGCUCGCUGCUGUUCACCGUGUACGAAGGCUGGCCGUACCACCUGAGCUGCUACUUCUCGUUCCUGUGUUUCGUCACGAUCGGAUACGGCGUGCCGUCCCCCGCCACCAGUGGGGGGCGCACUUUUUUCUGCGUGUGGUCGAUCGCCGCGAUCCCCAUCAUGACGAUCCUCGUGAUGAACAUCAGCGACUUCAUCUUCGGCUCUCUCAGCACGAUUCAGAACUUCAGCGUCCACCGCCGCGAUCCAGACCCCGCGUUCGACGGGUCCCACCCGAUGAUGGACGUGUUGCAGGCGUUUUCGCAGUCCAAAAAGCUCAACACGGUCGAUUUCUUCAACACCCAGGAAUAUAUCCGCACCAUACAGAUGGCCCGCGACCUGUACAACUACCCGGACGAGGGGAAACCCGUGCGGUUCCAUUACCAGCCACACAAAGUGGCCCAGAUGCUCAAGAAAAUCGACCCGGGCUUCGACGACCAGCAGUUCCUGCAAACGUUCUAUAACACCAUCCAGGAAAAAGACACGGACGGCGACUCGGUGAUCCGCACGCGGUUCAGAAAGAAAAAAGACCCCGUCCUCACCCACAUUGGCGAACUGCAACAGAUCGUCACGCAGCUGCGCAAGGCAUCGUUCCUGGCAAACACAAAGCCGGACUUCAAGUACACAUACACCGACUGGGAAACGUUCCUCCACCUGACCGGUGGGGACACCACGAACUCUGAGUUCUGGCUGAGCGAGAAGUCGCCGUUCGGGUUCCCAAACGACGAACCGCUCUACUUCACGUACCACCUGCAACACUCUUUGGAAAAGAAGUUGCAGGAACUAGCAUUAACUUACGAUAAUCAGUAA